AGAAUGUUAGCAGACUGAACAAAAUCAGAGACUAGAGCAUCAUAAAGAGAUGAAAGGAAACAUACGUGGCAAAGGAAGAUAGUUUAGAAAAAGAAAAGCUUAAUUUUACACACUGAAAGCCACGUGGAACUGUAUUCGUUUCAUGUCUAACAAGAGGGUAAAUGAAAUAAAAUUGAAAGAACAACAGAUUCAGUGAAGACACUUCAGAUAGAAACAAACAGGGAAGGGCAGGACAGGUGUUAGAUUACAGAGAGAGAGAGAGAGAGAGAGUGAGAGAGAGAGAGAGAGAGCGUUGCAGCGAUGUUCAUGCUCAUUCGAGACGGACAGGGAGGGGGAGGCAGUGGUGGCGGGAUGAGCGCUGUACCGGAGAGGACGCCGAAACAGGUCCAAGCUGCCAUCAAGAAGACGGUGGAGAAACAGAAGAAGCAGCUUGAAAAUGGUGAGGCCUUCAGCAACACACCUAAAUCUAACGGGGGAUGGAGACAGAGUCUGUCUACACAGCAUGAAAGAACAGGAGAUGGAGAUGAAGAGGAGGAUGUAGAGGCGGUAGCUGAGACAAAGGAACAGCAAGAGAAUACUGACCUAACGCCCAUUGUGGAUUCCAUGUUUGGCCAAGACAGGGAUCUCCGUCCGGAGGAGAUAGAAGAGCUGCGGGAGGCUUUUAAAGAGUUUGAUAGGAACAAAGGCUACAUCAGCUGUAAGGAUCUGGGCGAGUGCAUGAGGACUAUGGGAUACAUGCCGACGGAGAUGGAGCUCAUCGAGUUGAGUCAACAAAUCACUGGAGGCAAGAUCGACUUUGAAGAGUUUGUGGAACUGAUGGGCCCUAAAAUGCUCGCAGAAACAGCAGACAUGAUUGGAAUCAAAGAAUUAAAAGAUGCCUUCAAAGAGUUCGACUCGAAUGGCGACGGCCAGAUCAGCAUUAGUGAACUGAGGGAGGCCAUGAAGAAACUGAUGGGUGAGCAGCUGAACCCGAGAGACAUCGAUGACAUCAUCCGUGACGUGGACCUCAAUGGAGACGGACAGGUGGACUUUGAAGAGUUUGUGAGGAUGAUGUCACGCUGACGGUUCAUCACAGAGGAUCUACCAUAAAUAAUCUGUUAUAUAGAGUUGGAGUAGCGUAGCCUACGACUUUUUUUAUUCAAUUAAAUAAUAAUCAGAUUUAUUUUUUCAGUUUAUCUGUAUGUUGAAGGAAAUAUUUAAUAAAGCAGUUUACUGUGGUUUACUA